CUCAUGACUGUUCAUUAUACCUGGCCCGUAGGUAGCUGAGCUGAAGAUGGAGCUGAAACUGCGAGGUCUUCCGGUGUCUGGCACCAAGACUGACCUGAUAGAGAGACUAAAGCCUUAUCAGGAGAUCCCCAGCAGCCAGGCUGCCACUGCCAUGGUGCUGACAGGCUACACAGGGGCCCCACAACCUGAGAGCAUGAGCUCCACACCUCCUGUGUCCCCCGCGCCCUCGGAGGUCUCCAGCCUGGGCAUGGAGGAGGCUGGGAUGCCAGGAGCUCUUUCCCCAGCUCGGCCCACUCKUUCUGGGUCGUCUCCCCACCAAGGCCGCCUGGAGGACAGCCCAAUGGAGACCAGAACCUCAGKGAAGGACCAGCGACUGCACGAGAAGGAGCGUCAGAUCGAGGAGCUGAUGAGGAAGCUGGAGCAGGAGCAGAGGCUGGUGGAGGAGCUGAAGAUGCAGCUAGAGGUGGAGAAGAGGGGUCUGCCCAGCCCUCCAGCCCCCAUGGCCCUGGCCCAGGUCAAAGAAGAGGGCAGGGCCGCCUCAAACUGCUCUGCCUCUGCYCAUAGCCCACUAGCAGUGGUGAAACAGGAGGAGCCCAGCUCAGGCCAGGUYCAGACYUCCCCCCUGCCUCAGUUCUUCAUCAGCCACCAGCAGGUGCKUCAGGUCCUCAGACAGCCCCAGCCUCAGACRUCGCUYUCUGGCCAGCCUGGYACACAGAUCCUGCUGCCUGUCUCCKUGCCCACCAGCACUGCCACCAURCAGCUACCGAACAACAGCAUUAAGCUGCAGGUCAGAGAGCCSGUCCUYCAGACCACAGUUAGCACUACAGCUCCAGGCCUCAUCCAGAAAACAGAGGCCUCAGCACCCCACCACCACCAACACACCACCCAGACCCAACCCAUGGCACAGACGACAGUCCCACUGUGCACCACCACCACCUCAGGCUCUGGGUUCCAGUUCAGAGCAGGCCCAGGUCAGACAGAGAUCCCCCAGUGUUUCCUAAACACUUCCCCAGGGAGCAGGUCCCCUGCCAGGGCCUCGUCCAACCAAGCAGUCCCCAAUGGUCCAACAAACAAGUCCCCCUCUGCCUGCCAGCCCAACUUCUCAAACCACGUCCCCAGGAAUAAGGACCCGCCACGCUACGAAGAGGCUGUUAAACAGACGCGCAGAAUGCAGACUGCUGCACAGGUACCCACUGCAAUCAGCCAGCACAUGGACGACCUGUUUGACGUGUUGAUCGAGAGUGGAGAGAUCUCCCCAUUCAUCAGACAGGACCCUUCCUUUCCAGACAAGCUACUUCCUGUGACCGCCAGCGUAACCACCCUGCCCUUCAACACYGUGCUAUCCCGCCCCCCGCCCCAGAUCCAGGUGGCCCGCCCACCCGCCCCCACCCUUAACCCACCGGCCCCACCCAGCCUGACAGCCCUGGCCAUAGACAACCAGCUGGAGGCCUUCCUGGAAGGCACACACCGAAGGGAAGACAGAGCACCAGUACACGAGGGAGAAGAGCUCAAAUCAGCUGCGGAGCCUCCCCCCACACGCCCACCAUGGACCACGGCACACCACAACGGUCAACAAAUUCAGUGCACCGCCCUCCAGCUUACACCUGGACCACACCAACCUGGACAAACCAUGGAGUGA